AUGUCCCGAUCCCGAAUCCACGAACCUGUGCAGCAGCCCCUGCUCGUCCUGCCGCUGCUGCUCCUCCUCCUGAUCGUUGGCAGAGCAGUGGGCGUGGCACACGCAUCCUCAGCCAAUAGGCUCCCGUCGCAGCGCUUCUUCUACGCUGCCUCCUCCACCUCCUCCUCCUCCUCGCAGACCAAGGUGCGCCUGCUCCGCCAGGCGGACGACCCGAGUACGACGCCGGAUGCAGUGGAGGGCAGCUGCUGUCAAGGAGCGGCCGCCGCAGCCGGAAAACCAGUGACGCUUCCAGUGGAAGUGUCUGCUGAGUUGACCAACGUGACCACCGAUUACGAUGUGUCCGGCGAGAUUCCAUCCUCCAAAGAAAACUUUAAGCGCAGCAUCUCAAAAUCCACCGUGAGGAACGCGACGCCGGCGAGCUGCUCACCGCAACCGACGAUCGUGGAGCUGAAGCCGCCGGCGGAGGACGAGGCGAACUUCUACUACUCGCCCAGCUGCACGCGGAUCAACCUGUGCAACGGCUGCUGCGCCUCCACGCUGCUCUCCUGCCAGCCGACGGAUGUGGAGCAGGUGCAGCUGCGCGUGCGGAAGGUGGACCGGACUGCGACCAGCGGACGGCGGCCGCUCACCAUCAUCACCGUGGAGCAGCACACGCAGUGCCGCUGCGAUUGCCGCACGAAGGAGGAGGACUGCAAUGUGUACCAGUCGUAUCGCAAGGAUCUGUGCCGCUGCGAGUGCCACAACACGGACGCCAGGGACAAGUGCCUGGAGCAGGCCGAGAGCAAGUACUGGGUGGACGACAACUGCACCUGCGUGUGCCGCUACAACCAGAGCUGCACCACCGGCACCGUCUUCGAUGAGACGCUGUGCAAGUGCACCGACCCAGCCGCACCCAUCAAUGCCUUGGACCGCAAACGCUUUAUUGUCCAGGCCGUACAGGUGGACCCCGAUAACACCACCCUGUACAGUGUUUGAGGGCUAUUGGGACAGCGAGGAGUACGAAGGAGAAACGCCAGCUUCCUAGAGGGGAAUUCCCGAGUACUGAUACAAAAAACUACCCAAGAAUUGCACUAAGCGUGUUGCCCAUGUACUUUAUAAUAUUUAUAGUUAUUGAUUAAACCUAGGCUAUAACUAUUGUCCCCUUAAAACUAACUCACAGUAUUUUUCCCUUGCAUCUGCGGCACAAAGAAAACGUUGAGGGGUUUCACAGAAGUCUCUGAAGAUUUGCUAUCGCUUCACAAUGUUUCUUAAAAUCCAAAAUAAAAGUGUACUUUUAAACAUAUUUUCAAGAGAUUUCUGUGCAACGCCAGUUUAUUAAUUUUUAUUAAAUUGUUUAUGUUACUUUUUAAGCGCCUUCUACUUUGUCGCGGCAUUGUACACAUUUGUUCAUUUCUGCUUCUUUAAGUUUUAAAUCAUCAAAGAAUAAUUGUCCACAAAUUUAAUGCUGUCCAACAAUUUGCCGUACUUCAUUUGUGCGUAACCAUUUUUUUUGUAUAAAAUGUUAGCCCUAAGUUUACGUAAAAUAAAAUACAAACAAAGUAUUGAAUUAUUAAACUA